GACUGCGUAGAUACCACUUUGCUGAUUAUUUGCAGUUGCAGCGGCGGGAACUAGUCACCACCCAGCGGGAUCAUGUCUGACAAGCGCCCCGUAGCCACCGACCCAAAAGCCCGACGGCUCCCGGACUCCUUUAAUGUGCCAUGUGGCAUCCCUGGAAGAAUAUAUCAGUACAUCAGGAUUCUAGGAUUUCUUCAUUGUGAGAACACCCAAAGACAACUCAUUUUACUGAAGUAUCUUAGUAGCUGCUGAGGUUGAAAGGCGGUCACAGCCGAUGUCCCCAAUAAGGGCCUUGGCGUUUGUGGAUGGAUUCUCGUGAUUGCAUCCUUCAUCUUCACAGUUAUUACUUUCCCCAUCUCAGUCUGGAUGUGCAUAAAGAUCAUCAAGGAAUAUGAGAGAGCCAUCAUCUUCAGACUGGGCCGAAUUUUACAGGGAGGCGCCAAAGGACCAGGGCUCUUCUUCAUCCUGCCCUGUACUGACAGCUUUAUCAAAGUGGACAUGAGGACUAUUUCAUUCGAUAUUCCUCCUCAAGAGAUUCUCACCAAGGACUCUGUGACUGUCAGUGUGGAUGGAGUGGUCUAUUACCGCGUCCAGAAUGCCACCCUGGCAGUGGCUAACAUCACCAAUGCCGACUCAGCCACCCGCCUCCUGGCACAGACCACCCUAAGGAAUGUUCUGGGCACCAAAAAUCUCUCUCAGAUCCUCUCUGAUCGGGAGGAGAUUGCCCAUAACAUGCAGGCCACUCUGGAUGAUGCCACCGAUGACUGGGGAAUAAAGGUGGAACGCGUGGAGAUCAAGGAUGUGAAGUUACCCGUGCAGCUGCAGAGAGCGAUGGCUGCAGAGGCCGAGGCUUCCCGGGAGGCCCGAGCCAAGGUCAUUGCUGCAGAAGGAGAGAUGAAUGCUUCUCGGGCCCUCAAAGAAGCAUCAAUGGUCAUCACGGAGUCCCCUGCUGCUCUCCAGCUCCGCUACCUGCAGACUCUGACAACCAUCGCUGCGGAGAAAAACUCAACCAUUGUCUUCCCACUGCCCAUCGACAUGCUUCAGGGCAUCAUGACGGCAAAGCACUAGGUCUAGGCAGAGCUGAGCUGUCCAGAAUUUAAGCAGAGCUGGGGAACAAAACUAGCUUUUAACCUACAGAGAGUGAGUGGGGUGAGGGAGCUUCACCCCUUCCAUCUUCCCCUUCCUUCCCCUUCCUGUCUUGACAUGCUGAGUGUGAUGUGCUUAGAUCUAGUGAAUGAGCCAAUGAAUCAUUCACUUUUGUGACUUUGGAAAGAGACCGGACAACUGAUUGAUUUAUGCUAUUUUAAACUUUCUAUGCUUUUUGAUAAUCCUAUUGUAGUUUAACUACUCCUUUGGAUGAGUCAGUCCAUUGCUCAUCUCAGCCCAGGGGAAAGGCCAGUUCUGAUUUUCUAGGUGCCCCCAUCAACAUUAAUAAGUUCAGUCUAGAAAGUGAUAUCGGCACAUAAUGAAGACACAGAGUAUUAGAACCUGAAACGGUAGCUCUGGAAGAGACCUUUAGCGAUCAGAAAAUGAGGAUGUUGGACCAAAUGAUCUUUAAGAUAACUCCUAGUUCCAAGUCUGCCAUCCAGUACAAGCCCUUCACUUGACACAUGAAGAAGCUGAGGCUUAGAAAGGAGAGAAGAUUCACCUAAGGCCACUCCGUGAGCAGAUACAAAACCACUUGGGUCCUAGAUCUCUUGGCACCCAAGCUAGGGUUCCUUCUGCUCUCUGGCAGUUGCCAUCUGCAGUGAAAGAAGACUCUAGUCCCAACUCUACGCUAGUUACCUUACAGGGGACCUCUAUUCAAAGGACGAUUUUUCAAUGAUCUGGUUCCCAGCCCUCCCCUCAUUCCUUAUGAAUCCAAACCAUGUUUUGAACUCGGUUCUCUUUGUGGAAAGAGACCUCUUAUCUCUGCCUUAUGGGGCAAGAUUAGAGUUUUGAGCCCCUGCCCUUGAUACUAGAGAUGGUAAUGUUCUGCUUCCCUAAAAGGCCAGUCUCUCUUUGCUGUGACUGCAGACAGGUAGCCACAGAGAUAUCAUCAGAGCCCCAUUUCUGCCAUUCACAAAGAUUAAGCUAAUCCUUCCAAACCUCUUAAGACCUUUUAUGAUUUGCCAUCAUUUCUAUCCUUUGCAAAAAGAAAAGUUUAUUUUUAAAAAUUGAUCUGAGAAUCUUUAGUGAAUGAGCAAUGUGUUGGCCUACUUACAAAGGAGCUAAAAACCCUUCCCAGAAGUGCUUUAUUAUCUCGGACUUGUCUUCUUCAAGCAUCAAGUUUAAAAUAGUUUUGUAUUUUCCGAUUUUUAAACGAGUCUUUCUAUAAGCCAACUUUUGUAGAUCUCUUUCUGUACCUUCAGAACUUACCGUGGUUAUCUUUUAAAAAAAGUUACAAUGUACUUUAUAGACAUCAUGAUUCAUGUUUAUAUAUACAUAUACACAUAUAUACCACUGUGAAGUGUCCUUAGUUUGUGAGUACUUAGAGAGCAAUAUCCCUUACCUAUUAUAAGCAUAUACUGAGGUUUCUGUGGGUGGGAGCACCCUGCCUAAAUGUUCAUUGCCCCCUCUUUCAGAUUUAAGGACUAAAGGAGAGUCCAGGGAAUAACCUCUAAAAAUUAGAAGUUGAUCAUAUGGAUCUGAAAUUUUCAAUUCCAUUUCAUCUGUUUGCUGGCUCCUUGCUUUUCCCCCAUAAUGCAUUUCACAUUGAGAAAAUUAAUACAAUACUAUCUAAUAUUUUUCCCACUGAUAGAAUAGGUAGUGGUCUGUAUGCUUCACACUUCCUCUGAGGCUUAGGACUGACCUGGAAAUGUCCUAGGAUGGAGGCUUCUUCCUACGCAAAGCCUUCUGCUGCUCUAGUUCUCAAGGUUAGACAUAGUCAUUUAUUCCCCUGACUGAUUUGUCAUCAUUUUUCCCCCUUUCAGUUAAAGUUGGGUUUUUUUGUUUUUUCUUUGUGGGUUUUGUUAAUCUAGAACACAAAAUGUAUAGAUAUAUUUUUUUAAUUUAAAGGGUUUUUAAAAUUUCUUCUGUCAUUCAAUUCUAAGACAACUUUCCUUACUCCUUCCCUCACCCCUUACUUUCAUCAAGGAAACUAUAUCAACUGCUGAUUCUGUCUCACACUUGUGGAGUUUGCCAUUUUCCCUGGUUGCCUUAAAUCUAGAUCCCAAGCUGCCUUCCCUUGUCUGUGUUAGAGAUAUCAUAGCUUUGGGUGGAAUAGCUUAUUAGGGAUUGGACUGGAGGCUGAAGACUGAGGAUUCUCCCAAGGGAGCCUUAAUAAAUAUUAUGUGCCUCUC